CUUUUCCUCCAUCCAUCCGCCCUUCCUAGCCUUCCUUUCCUCCAGUCCAUCCUCCUCCUUCCUUUCCUCCAUCCCGUCGCUCCCCUUAAGUCCUUCCCCGCCUCUCCUAAGCCCCUCGACGGCCGCCGCUGCGCGUGAUGGCACAAUCAAUGGUCGAGGAUUUGAGUUUCAUUUCACGCCAAAUUUGCCUCGUGGAUCCCAAGAGGCCAACGACGCUUCCCCGUUACUCCGUCUUCCUCUCUCCCGAGCAGCGACGGUGGCUGUCUCGCGAGAACCCGGGGCAUUGCAUCACCACGGGGGAGCUUCAGGGGAGGAAGGUUAACUCGCUGCGUCAUGAGGGAGCGAUGAAAUAAAGUUGUGGAGGUGAUGGCUUGCUGAUGGUGGUCGCUCACGGUGGCUGGGUGGUCGUUGGGGCGCGCGUAGAGGUGCAAAAGUGGAUUGAAAUGUCUUUUGAGGAGGAAAGGUCGAAGAUCAAGUUAAUGGCAGGGAGUAUUUAGCGUCUUCCCAUUACUGGAGGGUUGGGGUGAGCUCCGUCGGCUCUGAAAGGUCGAGGGUGGGAAUGUUGAAGUGCGACGAGUGUGAAGGCUGCGAUAGACACGUUGACACAGCUCUAUGCAUCCCCUCAUCCAUGGAUACUAAUACGUGUGGGCAGAAAUGAAUAUCUCGCAUUAAAUUUUAGAAGACAUAAAAUAGAAUGUCAGUGUUGCCAUUUCCAUAUGCAAACUUGUUUCCCGGUCAAAACAAGACUUGUAGCUAUUGAAGUCGAAGUUGCAACGUUACGGUGAGGGUCAAGCCUUGCCAUGCGGACGUAAAGCAGCCACCCUCGAGGGCCGGGUGGCGAGGGUCGGCCGGGAAUGUGCGGCCAUGCGAGCCACGGCCAUAAACUGCGGCCCGUCCACUUAGCGACUCCUCUCAAGCAACGAAGGAAAAAUUAACAGGGAACGACUCGUCACAGUGGCGCCGGCGACCUAGCUUGAAAAAAAAGUGCAGAUUCCAAGACGGCGCAAUGGGAACCAGCCGCCGCCUCCCAUUGGCCCAGGCAUUCCAGGGGGGGGCCAAUAGCGGCGGCCUGGAGCCAGGAGAAGGCAGCUGGGAGACCUCAAUCUCUCGAGAAUCAUCAGACGCUUCCAGGUCUCGAGCGGGCCUGGAGCAACAGAACCGCGGGUCUUGAAGCUGUUGGUUGUCUUGUGCCUUCGGAGUGUGAGGUGUAAAGUCGACGGUCUGUUCCUCCCGGAGUCGCGGCGUGCCAUGUGUUGUGAGUGAGUGCGUGCGGGAGUGCGCGUGCAGCCUCGUCGCUUCGUCACAUUUGCAACAUGAGCAGCGACAUGUCACGCAACAGCAAGAUCGGCGCCGGGGUGGUGGUGCUCCUGGUGCUGGCGGUGGUAGCAGUGGUGGCGGUGGGCUCGGCCGUGGGUUGGUACGAGGAGGAGCACCCCAAGAACCUCGGCCCCCCACCAGGACAGAAGGAACGGCUGGACGGCGGUCACCUGAAGCCGCCAACUCACCUGGAAACACUCAACGAACAUCGGAAGCCCUGGCGAACGUACGAGGAGGAGAAACAUGAGACCCAGCUCGUUGACAGUCAGACUUCAGGACUCUUCGUGCCUCAGGAGGAGUGGGCGGACGAGAUCGGGACGGGCGGCGGGCGGUGUGCGUGCAACCUGUCCACUGUGGUCCACCUCGUGAGUGCCCGCAUCCCCCGAGGACCACAGGGGCCCCCGGGCAGAGACGGCAGCCCCAGCCCCCCAGGCCUCUCGGGUAACCCGGGGCCCCAGGGGGAGAGAGGACUGCCAGGAAGGCGUGGGGAGAAGGGUGAAAGGGGACUCGUCGGCUCCUCGGGACCUGAAGGACUCCAAGGACCUAAAGGAGAGCCAGGAGUGGACGGCAUCAUUGGACCUGUCGGCCCCCAAGGACCCCCCGGACCCCCUGGCCCCCCUGGAUGGACAUGGGGGGAUUCCUCUUCCAAGACCGUGAGUCCCGGAUGGCGGCACCCAAGUAACGGAUACCAGCCACAUCUUGAAGGAGUCGACCCCGAGGUGGUUCCCCUCACCCCCCCAGGCCGCCCAGGACCCCAGGGCCCCUCCGGUACCCCAGGUGAAGUGGGUCCCAGGGGUCCCCGUGGGUAUCCAGGACCAAAGGGCGACAGAGGGUACGCCGGGCAGAAGGGACAGAAGGGUGAAGAGGGGCCGCAAGGACCCAACGGACGCCUGGGGAACAAAGGGACGCGAGGACCCCCUGGCGUGGACGGUCUCCCGGGCACGCCAGGACUCAAAGGGCAGAAAGGUGACCAGGGACCCCGGGGACACGGGCUACAGGGUCCCAAGGGCGUCCCGGGGGAGAAGGGGAGCCAGUUCUACUCGCAAGAGGAGGUGAGAACGCUGGUGCUCUCAACCCUGAAGGUGUAUGUGGACACCAACCCGACGGAGAGAACCAACCUGGAGAACCUGGCGCGGAAGAUCGAGCUGGUGAUGUCGAAGGGCGUGGACGGGACCCCGGGGCACCCAGGACCACCGGGCAUCAAGGGGGAGGAGGGGCGCCGAGGACCCAUGGGCCCCCCCGGACACCCAGGCACCUCAGGACCCAUGGGUGAGCCGGGCGAGCCAGGCCCCCGCGGCAGGGACGGGCGGCCAGGCGAGAAGGGCGAGGCGGGAGCACCUGGACCAAUCAUGACCACCAACGGCAGCAUCGUGGAAGUGAAGGGCCAGAAAGGUGACAGUGGGCAGAAGGGGGAGGCGGGCAUCAGGGGCCUAGUAGGUCCCUCAGGCCCCCCAGGACCCCCAGGGAUGCAGGUGGGCCAAGACCGCUUCUCGUUGGCUCAGGACACCUUCGACGUGGCGGGAAUCAAGGGGGAAAAGGGCGAGCGUGGUCUGCCCGGCCCUCCCGGCCCCCCGGGGAAUAACCACGCCACGACGGGCCGUGUCGCCUACACCACUGGAGGCGUCUAUGGUCUCAUGCCCCGACCCCGCCCCCGCCUCGGCCAGGACGACUACGACAUCAACGACAUCGACGACAACGAUCACAGAGUGGGUGAACCAGGACUGCCAGGACCCGAGGGUCCCCCUGGACCUUCCGGACCUUCCGGCCCACCAGGUCCCCCCGGCCCCCCCGGUCCACCAGGGCUACCCGGCCAGACUAGUGGUGACCCUCAGCUGAUGCCAAUCCCAGGCCCUCCCGGCCCCCCCGGCCCCGCCGGACCACCAGGGAGGAGCAACAACCCGCCCUUCUCCAUCCCUCACAGAUAUGACUUCGGCUUCGGGCGCGCCCCUCCGCCGGGCUCCACCACCAUGCAUCACGAGGGCACGUUCAGAGCCUCGCCGCCUGCCGCCACCGUCGGCUUGGGCCUAGGCUCCAGCCCGCCUCUCACCUUCACCUCGCGCCAGGCAAUGCUUCAGGCCUGGUCACAGUACGACAGAGGAACACUCGCAUACGUGUUGGAUGAUGAUUCGCUGUUUCUCCGCACGGCGAGAGGCUGGAGGGAGGUGGUACUGGGGGAGGACUUAGCGCCACAAAAAAACCCAUCCAUCCCCACGCGUCCGCCCACCGCCACGCCGCACAACCCCAACGUGGAGACCCUGCCGGAGGAGCUCGCCACCGACCACAGCAUCGGCAGCAGGUCAUGGCGGGGCGAACCUCUCACCACAGACACUGAGAGUGAAGAAUGGAACUUGAAAGAGCUCCGCGUGGCCGCCCUCAACGAGCCGGGCACGGGAGACCUGCACGGGGCCGGGGCGGACUACACCUGCUACAGACAGGCACGAACGGCGGGGCUACGAGGCACCUUCAAAGCGCUGUUGUCCGGACCAAGGCACGAUGUUGCUUCUCUGGUACGCUUCGUCGACCGCCAGCAACCUAUUAUCAACCUCAGGGGCGAGGUGGUGCUGGGGUCGUGGCGAGAUGUGGUCGCGGGGGAAGGCGCGCAGUUCCUGGAACAACCUAAGAUCUACUCGUUUGACGGGCGAGACGUGAUGCGAGAUCCUAACUGGCCUGUUAAGUACGUCUGGCACGGCUCUAACAAGUACGGCGAGACGUCUCACAACUACAACUGCAACGCGUGGUCCAGCUCCUCCUCCAGAGUCUUCGGGAUGGCCUCGUCGCUGGCCUCGCUGAAGCUCCUGGGCCAGAAGAAGGUUCCAUGCGAUAACAAACUCAUCAUCCUGUGCAUCGAGACUUCCAGCACCCUCCCGAAGCGAAGGAAGCGUGACGCGGAGAGUGAAGACAUGGGGCAGGAUCAGCAGCCAGGUGCAUGGGAUUCUCUAAAGCUCGAGGACGCGGCAGAGAUGGAUAUGGAUGGUGUUCCUCUGGGGAGUGACGGUCUGGAGGUCGGAGUGAGGGAGCCGGUUGAUGCUUCUCUCUUCCGUGUGACCGAGGGCGAUGCAGAGUCCCCGUCAGGUGAAAGGUUGCCUGACUUCGCCCAAUCCGUGACGACCAGUGAAGUUGAGGAUCACAUUGAAGGGUACAGACACGGGGAGGGACACUUGCCCCUCCACGACAGACAAGCAAAGACGCCGAUGCUCACAGACGACUUGUAUGAAAUAUAAAGAAGAAACACCACCUGUGACGUCUGAGAGUCCCCAUGUGUUGUUUGUGGCGUCAUGUACAGUGAAAGUUCUCGUCCCUCGCGUCAUUUUCCUCUCAUCAUUCGACUUCCCUCUCUAGAGCACGUUUGGAGCAACACGGGUUUGUCGCAGAGAAAAAGAGGUGCUCGCCUGGCUGCCAUGGCCUUCGUCAGUGUCGUCUUGUAGUCUAUAGAUGCCCCGUGUUUUGUCACCGCACGCCGCUCUCUCUCUCUCUCUCUCUCUCUCUCUCUCUCUCUCUCUCUCUCUCUCUCUCUCUCUCUCUCUCUCUCUCUCUAAAC